CCGUCCGUUCCCGGCCGUCGCGGCCAUGGCUCGGGAGGUGCUGGCUCUGGGCGAGCAGCUGGCGGCCGAGGCCACCUGCCCGGUGUGCCUGGAGCUGUUCGCGCAGCCCGUGCUCACGGCGUGCGGGCACAGCUUCUGCCGGCAGUGCCUGGAGGACGUGCUGGRGGACCCCCCGCGYCCCGCCGCCUGCCCGCAGUGCCGCACCACGGUGGAGCCGGGCUCGCUGCGCCCCAACCGCUCGCUGGGCGCCAUGGCGGGGCUGGCCCGGGCUCUGGAGGAGGCGGCGGGGCGGCCCCGGUGCCCCGAACACGAAGARCCCCUGGCGCUGUUCUGCGAGCCCUGCGCCGCCCCGCUCUGCGCGCUCUGCCGGGUCGGGCCCGAGCACCUCCAGCACCGCGUCCGCCCCGCCGACGAGGCCGCCCGGGAGCUCCGGGAGACACUCCAGAGCAACCUGUUUAUUCUACAAAAACAGAAGGAAAAGCUGAAGCCCAAAGGAGAGCAGAAAAGUGAUGACCUGCUGAUGACCAUGGUAUCGGAGGCGCAGCGUGUGCAGGACACCUUUGAAGAGCUGCAGCACUUCCUGAAGGAGCAGAAGAAGAUCCUGCUGGCCCAGCUGGAGCGGGUGUCCCAGGAGCUUGUCAGUCGGAGCGAUGAAUACAACUCCAGGGUUUUGGAGAGGGAGUCGCUGCUGGACACGGUGAUUGCGCAGAUCCAGGACAAACGGGAGCAGCCGGAGCUCGAGUUCCUCAUGGAUGUUGGCAAAAUCUUGAGCAGCUGCGAGGCAGCCAAGGCCCCGAUCCCAGAGCCAGUUUCCCCAGAGCUGCAGAGGAGCAUUGAGAGCCUCUCUGAGACGAGCCAGCUGGUCCUGGACAUGGUGGYCAAAUUCAAAGAGAGCCUGCAGARCGAGGUAGACAGGGAAAGGGAGAAGGUGACGCUGGACCCGGAGACGGCGAGUCUUCACCUGACCCUCUCGCAGGACCACAAAACCGUCUGGCUUGGAGAUGGGAGACAAAMCCUCCCUGACACCUCCAAGAGAUUCACGGGCAGCCCCAGUGUCCUGGGCUCCCAGGGGUUCACAUCUGGGAGGCAUUAYUGGGAGCUGGAGGUCGGGAAGGGGGAGAGCUGGGCCGUGGGGGUGGCCCUGGAGUCCGUACUUAGGAAGGACUCGCUCAGCGUGGCCCUGGGGAAGAUCUGGGCCUUGCGGCUGGACUGGGAUGGUCAGUACACGGCACUUCACCUGCCCCCUGCCCCACUGGCACUGGGGGAAAAGCUCCAGAGAAUCAGGGUCCACCUGGAYUAUGAAGCGGGCAAAGUGACCUUCUACAAUGCAGAGAACAUGACACAGAUCUUGCAGUUCAAGGCCUCCUUCACCGAGAAAGUCUUCCCRUAUUUUUGGCUCUGGUCACGAGAAACCCACAUCCAGCUGUGUGACUGAUAGMGUUGGAUGGGCUCCAGGUCUCUGCCCAUGCCCUGGGCUCGCUAAGCAGGAAAGUGUGGGAGUGACAUGGCAUCACGCUGCAAACCUGCUGCAGCUCUGCCUGGGCUGGAUSCCCUCUGCACUUUGCUGCAUCUCCUCCUUCCAAGCCCUUUGGAGCAUUAAAGAAGUGCUGUCCCACCUGGGGGGUGUCUGCAUGCUGGUAUUCUGGCUAGAUCUCAUGGCAGCAGUGUCCUUCCUCUCCCUGUGGGCACUGAGGCCAUGGGAAUAAUCGGUGGGGAGGAGGGAAGAGGCUCUGGUGGUCCAUGGUGGCCUUUGUAGCAUUGUGCUGUGCCGGAGGAUGCAGCCACCCCACACCCAGGAAGUCAGGGUGGAGCCACCAACUGAUGAUAGUGGUGGUAAUUGCUCAAAAAGCUUGUAAAAAGGAAAAUAUUCAGGGAGGGAGAGCUGGAGUGAGGACACAGCUGGAAGAUCAGCAGGAGCUAGGGAGUGUGAUGGACAUCUCUGAGAUACAGGGGGUCAGGGAAGGAGCAAAGACCACAUUGUCUAAUCCAGGAAUCAGGAGCAUUGUGUGAGUGAUGGAUGGAAGGGCCCGGGCAGAGGGAAAGGUCU